UUUAAUUAGCGACGUUUAUAUAUAGAAAGAACAAGAGAGACUUUCGGAAAUUCAACAAGAGAAUAAAAUUUUGUUGGAUAAGAUUGCUACAAUCAUGAACCAACCUUACACGGAAUUUUCUAUAAACCGUUACGAACAUAACAGUUUAAAUUUCCGUUCAAGAAGACAAGAAAUGAUGAAAAUAGGUUAUGAAAAUAUCGUGCUCUUACAUAGAAUCUUAUCAAAAAAUGGAGAAUACGAUGUACUAAAAUGGGAAAAGGAUUUUCGUCGUCAUUUAAAUUAUCGUCAGAAUAUAUUAAAAUUUCCUCAUAACUGGAGGCAAUUGUUAGCUAAAGAAGAUGAAGAACGUAUAGUUUAUAGGAAGAAGUUACAAAGAUUAACGGAAUUGAAGAAACGUUAUGCCGAUGCUACUGAUCCUGUGAAGAACGUGCUGAAAGUUGCCAAGAAUAAUAAAGAGGUGAAGAAGAAUGUGGACAGAAGGAAGGUCGUUUCCAAAAGCAAUUUUAACAAAGGGUCUGAUAAAAUGGACAAAACGAAGAAAUUUCACGACAAUUCAGAGUACACUGAAGAAAGAACAGAUGUCGACGAAGAAAAUAUUAUUAAUGAAGAAUCAGACGAUUAUGAAUCUGAUAAGGAGAGGAUAGUAAGUGAUGGAGAAGUAUCAAGCAGCGAAGAAGACAUCUUGGAUCGCUUAAUUGGAUCUUUAAUGGAGGGAAAUGAUAAUGGAAUAUGCGAUUCCAGUAGAAAAUGCAGAAACAAACAAAAACCGAAAACCCCGGUUUAUCAAAUCAAUUCCAAUAAAAAUUACAAAUUUAAAAAAUUCAUAAAGCCAAAUCGUAACAAAAUCUAAUGCGAAAAAGAAAUGGGAAAAAUUAAAGAAUUUCCCAAUUUUCCUUUAAAAAUUUUAAAUGCGUAAAAUUUAUUUAGUUUUGAAUUAAAAGUUGUAUAAUAAAUAUUUAAAAUUUGUAAAAUGUUACCGUUUAUAAAGUGAAUUAAAGUAUGGGAAUCAGUAAUGCUCAUAAGGGAAUUUUACUCUU